AUGGACAACUUGGAGAACAUCAUUUCAACCACGCUCAGGGAUUACAACAAAUACGGGACCUUCAAUGUACCCAUGAUCAUGAUGGGAGAUUUCAACCUAACGAACGAAAUGGAUCGUCCCAAUGAGGGUUUUGUGGAUCAACUCGAUCACACCUCAUUGAACAAACAUGAUCAGCCGAAGAGGAAGCCAAGGCUCCUUCGAGAUAUCAGCCUCGCAAAAGUCGGCGGCGAGAUACAGGGUCGUGUAAAAUCGAAGACGCUGGUGAAAUCUUGGUCGAAGGGCAAUGCGAACGGAAAAAUAUUCAAUUUCGUACUCAGGAAUACCAGCGGGGAGAUGAACAUCAUUGUCUCCGGCAACGCGGCCGACGACAUCUUCGACAAAAUAGCCGUCGGUAAUUGCUACAAAGUGAAUGCGUUCAAAGUCAAGUCGGCGUACCAGCAAUAUCGCGUUACAGGACACGAUUGCGAGCUGCAGUUGACGAAGCUGAGUCGGAUUAUCGAAAUCACGGGGGAGGAUUUGCCGAAAAUACAGGCCAGUAUCACCACCCUCGCGGAAAUAAUUUUCAAGCCAGUCAACGCUACCGUUGACAUCCUCGCGGUGAUCUUCGACGUCCGACCGCCUCAAACUUUCAAUUGCCGGGACGGCACCAAUACAGAGAAACAAACAGUCUUGGUGGUGGAUGACACCAUGAAAAUGGUCGAGAUCGGACUCUGGUCGGAGUUCGUCGGAAAACUUGAUAACAAGGAAGGAGAAGCAGUGGUACUCCAGAAUCUCCAAGUGCGUGAUUUCAAUGAGAAAAGACAGCUUUCGACCACAACCAAUACAAUUUUCGGUGAAGACAAGGAGAGGCCCUUUUUAGCCGGAAAAAUCGCGGUCACGAUCGCGAAUCGCGACCGAGUCCUACUCAUCAUCAAUUGGAUCUGCGACAGCUCGAGGACCAGGGCGAUGGCGGAGAGAUGA